UGUUGUUAGGUGAUAUAAACAAAAGCAAGCAUGCUGAAAUGCAUGUGUCACUUAGUGGACUUCUGAGCAUUGAACAGCCUGUGCUGGAAAGUUGUGUGUCUGAAGUUUGUCUAUCAAUCAAAGGCGUCUGAUAGCUUUAACAAAAAAUAUUCGUUUCCAAGCAAAAUGAAUCGUUUUGCACUUGGAUUAUUACUUUUUUCGCUUGCGUCCAUUGCUUCCGCAAAAUGGAAUGGCGAUGUUGCAGACCGGUGUUUUUGUAAGUUGAGCGGAGAAGUGGAUGACUGUUCUUGCAAAGUGGAAACUUUGGACUCCCUGAACAAUAAUCAGAUCUACCCGCGCUUGAAAAGUUUACUAGCCCGCAAUUAUUUUAGAUACUUCAAGGUUAAUUUAAAGAAGCAGUGUCCCUUCUGGUCUGAUGAUAGCAGAUGUGCUCUGAAAGACUGUCAUGUGGAUAUCUGUCAAAAAGAUGAGGUUCCAAUCAAGACAGAGAAACAACCAGACAAUGAGAGCAACAACCAGCAUGAGAAGAAUAAGUACACAAUGGAGAGCAAUAAGGGAGAGCAGGGGGGUGGCGACUGCACAGAAGAGAGACAGCUCAGUGCCUUGGACACAACAAUUAGUGAUGAGAAGAAAGCAGAAUUUCAGAGCUGGAGGGAGCAUGACGAGUCUCUCCCUAUGUUCUGUGAAGUGGAUGAUGAGCACUCAAAUGACCUAGAGUAUGUAGACCUGUUGUUGAAUCCAGAGAGGUAUACAGGCUACAAGGGUCUCUCCCCUCGACGCAUUUGGAGGUCUAUCUAUGAGGAGAACUGCUUCAAGCCAGAGAAAAGUGUUGGCUAUGGCCCUGAACCUAUCACUGAAGCAGAUAAUUAUGACAGUGCCACGUCUUCCAGUGCUGCCUUCUUGGAAGCAAUGUGUUUGGAGAAACGGGUGUUCUAUCGGCUCAUCUCAGGCCUCCACACCAGCAUCAACAUCCAUCUGUGUGACCAGUACCUUUUCCCAGCGAAGAAUGGUUUUGGCCCAGGUACUUGGGGUCACAACCUCAAGGAAUUCCAGCGUCGAUUUGACCCAGAGAAGACAGAUGACCAUGGCCCACAGAGGCUGAAAAACCUGUACUUCACUUACUUAGUAGAGUUACGGGCCCUAUCAAAGGCUGUGCCAUAUUUGGAAGAGGAAGUUUUCUACACUGGUGAUGCUCAGGAAGAUGCAGAUUUAAAGGAAGGCGUGAAGGACUUUUUGGCAAUUGUCAAAAACUUUCCUGAUCAUUUUGAUGAAAGCCAGCUGUUCAAGGUCAACUCUCAGGAAAUGCUACAGCUCAAGAGCGAGUUUGUCCAUCAUUUCCGCAAUAUCUCUCGGAUCAUGGACUGUGUUGGCUGCGACAAGUGCAAGCUGUGGGGAAAGUUACAGGUUUUGGGAAUGGGCACAGCUCUGAAGGUUCUCUUCUCCGGGGACAGCAUGGCGGGGGACUCCACGGUCAAUGCCAGCCUCAAGUCAGACUUCCAGCUGACCCGUACAGAGAUUGUGGCGUUGUUCAACGCGUUUGGGAGGUUGUCCAGCAGUAUUCAUGCCUUGGAAACAUUCCGUGCCCUGGCCAGGUGAUCUGAUCCAACACCGUGCUGAAUAUAGAACCCUGCGACUUACUUAAAUGAUCCAGUCCAAUGAAGUAAAUGAUAAGUUGUGUGAUGAAUGUAGUAAAUGUGUGUCAUCGUGGUGAAAUGAGGUGCUGGUCAAAAUAAUGAAAUCGAAAAAAAAAA